CCAGGCUCCACUCGAGCAGCUUGCUGAGGGAUGGAUCAGGGUGUGUUGGUGCCUCCUGCCAGAGCCAUCCCCUCCUCCCCAGUGUCCCUCCCUGUGCCUUCCCCAGCUGUCACUGUGCUGCUUAUCUGCCUCGUGCUCAUGUUCUCUCUGCUCUCAGGGCAGCCAGGGCUGUGUGAUGCUGUUCUCUCCUUCCCCUCAGCCCUCCUCCAGGAGUUUGGCUGGCUGGGUGUGUUUGUGCAGGUGCCUGGCACUGGGAGAUACCUGCUGUGUGCUGCUCGUGUCUGCAGGGGAAGGUUUGAGAGGACUCUGGGGCUUUAUGGCUAAAGGAAAAAAGGGUUGUGUGUGUGUGACUCGGCCCAGGAAGCCUCUGGUCUCUUCUUUGGCUGUUAGCAAAGUUUAAAUUCUGUUAGGAAAGUUUAAAUCCUGUUAGGAAAGUUUAAAUUCUUGUUCUUCCCCCGUGGGUCUCGUUCCCCCCUCACCCAAAUGUCAGGUCAGGCUGCCCUGAGCCAGCUGGGGUUUGUUGCUGUGCUGUCACCUCCUCGACGUGUGGUGGCUUUUCUCUGUGGCUCCUGAGUGGAGAACACACUUUGCCAGUGCUUGUAGGCCUGGGGAAGAAAGGAUCCAGCAGCUGGAUUCCUCCUCUGGAGCCUCACCCUGCCUGGAGGGUCACAGGGACAGUGUCCAUCUCCUGGGGUCACUCCAGGCUUUACUGGAGUGUCUCCAUCUGGGAUCCAGGCUGAUCCCUGAGUGUGUUUGUAUCAGCACAAACUGGCAAAACCUUCUGACCCUUAUUGGGUAGAAUUAGAAUUGUAGAAUAGUUCAGUUAGAAGGCACCUGCACCAUCACACAGUCCCAGACCCUGAGCUCUCAGGGCUGAACAGCAGUGCCAGAGUGUUGUUCAGGGCAUUGCUCAAAUGCCUCUCAAACACUGGCAGUUUGGGGCAGGGACCACCUCUCCUGUUCCAGGGUUUGACCCCCCUCUUGGUGAAGGAAUGCUUCCUCCUGCCCAGUCUGAACCUCCCCUGCUGCAGUUUUGAGCCAUUCCCACAUGUCCUGGCACCGGAUCCCGGGGAGAAGAGCUCAGCACCUCCCCUCCCACCCCCUCCAUGUCCCCAUCCCCUCCUCAGGAAGCUGCAGAGAGCCAGGAGGUCACCCCUCAGCCUCCUUUUCUCCAAGCUGGACAAACCCAGAGCCCUCAGGCUCCCAGGAGGUGCCUUCCAGCCCUGCCCCAGCUCUGUUGUCCCCCCCUGGAUACACCCAAGCACCUUCACAUCCUUCCCACAGCACCCCAGGUAGCAUUUUAACUCCUUCCCCAGGGCUAGAGCUGCCUUGCACGAGCAGCCUCUCCUGUUCACAGCCACUUUUCCCAUCUUUGGAUUGCAAACACACGAACACACUCUCUUCUUUUGUUAAAAAUCAAUUGAUUCCAAUUGGUGCAGGUUUUUUUUUUGGAACAGGUUAUUGGUUGCUGUCUGGCCUAAGCUCUUAUAAAGUAACCCAAUACUCUGCCCUUCCAGAGCAAGCAGCAAAUGCCCAGUUCUGGGAGGCAGCAGUGACUCCUCGGGGAGCUGCUUCUUGUCAGGGAUGUAUUUUCUUGGGAUGACUCAGGAGCUGCUUCACGGGAUGCAGGAAAAACUCCCCAUCUUUGUCCUGAUUGCAGCUGGACUGUUGGAUUUGUCUGGAGCCUCCAGGAGUGAACGUGAUGCCAGUGACGUGCUGGCCCUGGGCUUCCCUGGAGGGGCCCAGCCCAGAGCUGAGAGCAGCCCAGUGCCCAGCCAGGGCUUCCCUGGGACAGAGGACGACUUGGAUGGGGUGACCUUCCACUUCCAGAGCCCAGCAGCUGAUCCCACCAAGGAAACCACAGCUGACUCCAGCCCUGCUGCCACAGGGAGAGCUGCAAACAGGACAGCUCUGCUGCCCGGGGGCUUGGCUGGGAGCCUGGAGGUGUCUGAGCCCCUGCACACAGAAACAGCAGCUUCAAAACCCCAGGGUGGACACGCCUGGCCUGGCCAGCUCCUGGGGAGCUCCAGCAUCCCUGUGUCCACACAAGGAUCCCAGGCUGCCACAGCUCUGGAGCAGCCAGGCAGCUCCCUGCAAAGACCAGGAGAUAUCCCAGGGGCUGGUCCCAGUCCUGCUGCUGGGCUGCCCCAGCCCCCUCCCAGUGCAGGGCCACACCAGGACUCUCCCCAGUUCACAGCUGUCCCCUCCCUUUCUGUUCUCAUGGAGGUGACAAGCUCUAAAACAUCUCCCCUGACUUCAACAGUCCGUUUCCAUCCCCCAGGAACAGGAACAGCAUCAUCUCCAUCUCCAAGCAGAGCUGGGGUUGCUCUGGGAGGUGCAGGGCUGGGCUGGUCCCCCCCAGGGAUGCACACAACCCCCCAGGCCCAGCCUGGCAGCAGAGCAGCUCUGACUCCUGCACGCCCGGAGAGGACCCAGGGUAUGGAUGCUGGAGUUACAGCUCCUGCAGUCCCACCCCAGCCAGCUCCAGGGGGCCUGGCUGCAGCCUAUUCCAGCACAACACACGCCAGGGACACUCAGCUUUCCUCUGUUUUGCCUCUGAAGGAAGAAACCACAGGCAGCAAAGGCAGGAAUUCAACAGCAGCUGUAACAGAUGGUUCUGGACACCCAGCCCAGCUGCCUCCUCUGCAGACACUGCCACCAGUCCAUUCCUCUUCAUUCCUGAUGGGAUCCCCAGUUCCUGGUGGGUUAAUUCCAUCUCCAACUCAAGGGCCUGUUGGCACAACUGGAGGACAACAGCCCCUGGCUUUGCACAGGGCUCUCAACUGCACCAAACCUGCUGCCCAGGAAAGCAACAGGAGCUCUCAAGGAAUCACAGUUGUAGCUCUGCAAGGAGAUGCUGAUCAUGGGAUGGUGACAAGUAAACCUGGAAAAUCUCUAUCCCCUGAGAGCCCACGGGCUUCUGCUACUUCAUCCUCAUUAAGCCCAUCAGGGAUUUCCACAUUAAAGCUUUCCCAGACCACUAAAGAGCAAAAAGAAGUAACAUCUGCCCCCUCUCCUGGAAUGUUUGCCUUUGGGAAUGCAGACCUUCAGCCCUGGGAUUCUGUCCAGGAAGGGCUUCAGCCACCAGGUGCAUCUUUCCCUGCUGGAUUGCAGCCCAUGGGCAUCCCCAGCUCUGCUGAGAGGCUUCACACAACAACAACUUCACCCCCAGCCCCUGGCUCUGGGUCUCGGGGUGUUCCUGCCCACCCUGUUCCUCGGGAGGCCUUUGCUGUGACGCUGCAGGUGAGCACAGGGGAAGACUCCAAGAGAAGGAAAGGUCUCCCACAGCAGACAGCUGGAAGUGGUUCUGCACCAGCCAGCCCAGUGCCCAGCCCCUCUGGAGCCCGUGAGAGCAGGACCCAGGCAGGUCCCUGGCACAGCCCUGCCCCUGCAGCCCCCCAGAGCCAGCACUCUGACAGCCCGGCAGCUCCUGCUCCAGCACCACCCCGUGCAGGGGGAAGCCAGCCCAGCUCAGCCACAGCACACCCUGCCCCAGGGGUGCCCAGUGUCCCCAGUGAGGUCCCAGCACAGCUGGCACAGGCUCUGGUGCAGCAGUUCAGGAGGGCUCUUGAUGCAGCCACCAGGAACCUCAGCAGCGGCAGAGGAGACCCCCUGAGCAUCAGCUCAGCCCCAAAGCUGUCCUUCCUGUUUAGGAGCACUGAUGGCAUGAUAUGCCUUCAGCCCCUGCAGGAGUCCCCUCUGCCCAGGACAUUCCCAAAUGCCAGUGUUGGGGGGCUGGUUUCUGUCCAGCAAAUCCUGGCAGCAUCGAAUUCCUCAGCGCUGGACCUGGCAGACUUACCCCACCUGAGUCCUUCCAGCCUGGUCCUGGUCAGGCCUGUGUUCAUCCUGCUGCCCAUGGACAGGGCAGACUCACCCUUUCCUCAGGGGGAAGGUGACCACAGAACUGCCCACCUGGGCACAAGUGUGGGCACCCCUGAAAGCAGCCACGGGAGAACAAGUUCCUCUUAUCCCACCGGUAAAUCUGAAACCACUCUGUCCACUCCUCUGUCCACUGUGUCCAACCAACAAGCAGAGAGAGCAAAGGCAACUCCUCAGCCAACUGAUCCCAGUUACAGAACCACCACGGGCAUGGGCCAAGCUGCCACCUCAGCACCAGGUCCUUUGCUGGACCCAGGGAUGGGGAUGAGCAGCACAGGGCAGGACCUGCACCUUCACAGGACGCCAGAGGAGAUGCAGAUCCCUGCUCCCCCUUCCCAGGAGGCCAAGGACACUGAUUUACUCCUCCUGAGCAGGAUGUUGGAAGAGCCUGGCACCUCCCCUGGGGCACCAUCAGUGCUGCCCAUGCAGCAGAGCCCCCACACUUCCCCCAGAGUGUCUCUCACCACUGAAAAGCCACAUUUUGUAACUCCUUUACUGCCAGCAAAGGGAAUCCCUGAUUUCCCAGUGCCUGCCCAGCCCGUGCCCAGCAGCACAGGGGCUGCAGGCCGUGCCCAGCACGGUGGGACACUGCAAACUGCCCCCCCUGGGCAGGGCUCAGGGACCACCCCGAGCUCUGCCCCUGCUCCCUGCGUGGGGUGUGUGACCCCACACUCAGCUGCAGCCACAAAACACCCACUGAAGGGGCUCACAAGCACCAAACCUCUGCAGGCCACGUCCCAAGGGCUCCCAAGGACCACGCUGCUGCUGCUGCUGCCAUCAGUGGUACCCAGCACAUCCUCAGCUUCCCCAGUGCUUCCAGCUGGGAAUGGGCACGGAGAGGCUGCCCUGGGCAGCACAGCUCCUUCAGGAGGGGUCCCUGUGCCUGCUACAGCAGCACAAACCCACAGCACUUCAGUACAACCUGAUCUCCCUCAACAUUUGGAAUUCACUCCCAAGCCCUUUGUAAGGACAGAGGGACCAACAGCAGCCCCAGUGCAGGCUCCCUCCUCAACAGAGAUCCAAAGGAAAACCACGGUUCCUGGGAAACCUCUGGCUGCAGUGACCCACCCCAGGGUGUGUUCCAGCUCUGCUGCACACCCACCUUCUCCUGCUCCUGCACAUGAGCCCCUGCUGGCAGCCCUGGAAGGUGACCAAGCCCUCCAAGCUCCCGCUGAACUGUUCCCAUGGGCCAGCGAGGGAGAAACCCCAAAGCCAACUGAACCCAGCACGAGGGCAGGAAAAGCAGGACCCGGUAAAUCCUUGGGGGUGAGCGUGUCCCUGUCAGCCCCAGUGAACACACAGACACACACACACCCCCCAGCAGCUCUGGGGAAGGAGCUGGGGUUGAGUACAGCACAGCCCUCUGUGCCCACGGGAUCUGCCCUGCAGACACAGCCCAGAGGGACACAGGGCACUCCCCAGGCCCCCCCAGCAGUGACUGCUCUCUCUGCAGCCCAGGGUGCUCAAACCACCAGCAAGAAAGGGCUUCACCUGCCACCACCAGCCCCCCAGCCUGACCCCAGCGUGGGGCUGCCCAGGGUGAACACACCCGCUGUGGGGAAGGGUGAGGGGGAAGCUAAAGGAGAUGCAGCCCCCACCAGCCACCUGCCCACCCAGGCACCCCUGUCUGCAUCACCCAGACACCCUCUGGAGAAGGAGCUCCUGGAGGAUACCAUGGAUGGUCAUUCCAGCCCUGGCAGUGCCCUGAGUGCCACCGGGCCACCUCCCACAGCAGCACUGGCUGUCUCUGCUGACAGGCCUGGGAACAAGGUCACCAGUCACUCAGCUGCCUUCCAGAGAGCAGCUGGCAGUGAUGCUGAGAUGCUUCCAGCCAGAGACCUGAUCCAGCUCCUUCCCAGCCCGGAGAGCCCCUCGCGUCCUGCCGGGAGCCCGGUGGCACUGCCAGCCCGGGGGGAUUCCCUGCCGGCUGUGGCAGGCACUGACUCAUCCCAGGGGCUGCUGCUGAACACGGAGGCAGAGGAGAUGGGCAGGACGGAGGAGGAGGUGACAGACGGAGCAGCCCAAGGGCUGGUGACUGUGGUGACUCUGCUGGAUGCCCAGCCCAGCCCCCCGGGGGACUCCCAGCACAGGAGGGGGCUGCAGCCGGAGCUCGCCGUCCUGGAUGGCCUGGCCGUGCUGAGGGACGACGCCUGCGGCUCCGGCAACUACACGGUGCAGCUGAGCCUGAGCCCCGCUGCUGACACAGCCCCCGAGCCCCACGGGCCUCCAGCACCUUCCCCAGAGACCUUCCUGGCCUUGGUGGCCGUGCAGGACAACCUCAGCCAGCCCCUGGUGCAGCCCCUGCUGCAGAUCCACUCGUGCUGUGUGACCCCCUCCGCCAGCCCCGGGGCACCGGGAGCACAGUGCUGCCUGUUCCGCAGGCUGCCAUUUGAGUGCAGGCACAUCCAGCUGCUGCAGAGCAGCAGGUCCAGAGCUGCCAGCUUCACCAUCCAGCUGUUCCAGAUGCUGAACCACUCCGUGGCCUACCUGCACUGCGAGCUGACCCUGUGUCUGCACGGACAGGCGGGAUGUGAGCAGGACUGCUUGGAAAGCGUGGAGCCAGUUCUGCAGCCCAGUGACAGGAACAGCCACGGAAACCUGCACAACCUCAUCUCCUUCGGGCCAGUUUGGAGGAUGAAGGACAGGUUUCUGUACAAACCUGUGGAAGGUCCUGGCUCUGCUGUGCUGCUGCCCGUCCUGCUGGGCUCCCUCACUGGCUUUGCUGUGCUGGGCAGUGCCUUCAUAAGCCUUUGGCUGCACCACAGGCAGAAAUCCAAACCCCUGCACUACCCCCCCUUUGGAGACAUCCCUGGGCUGUGAGCCUGGAGCAGCUCCUGGUCCUGCAGCUCCCACAUCAGCUCCGCAGUGACCAGGGGAGAGCAGACCCUGCCCUGCACAUUGUAGAGCUUCUGUAGAGCUUCUGCUGACCUGGGGAGCAGGAGGGGUCCCACCUCUGCCCGGGGCACGUCUCCCCUUCCCUCCUUUCCCUCUGCAUGAGCGAGCCCACAAACUGCAGAGUAGAGAAGGG